AGUUCCUCAUUCCUUUCUCUUGUAAAAAGUCUUUCUUUAUGACCUGAUUUACUGAUAUUAAAGAGGAGUUUUCUUUCAGCAACAUGAUGAUUUGUUGCUUCAGUGUCAUGUGGUGGGUGGAGGAGAGUUAUAAAAGGAGCUGACAUGGAGUUCUUCCAACAGAACCUGAAGCAACUCGAAGAGGAAGGAUCAUCAGUUCAAAACUACCUGACCAGCUCCUGCAGUCCUACACGUCUGAUACAGGUGCAUUCUGGUGUCCAACAGUAAAUUAUGAAGGCCACUGCUCUCCUCACUGCAGCCCUGCUACUGAUAUCUGUGAUUCCAGCAAAAAGCUUCGGCAAUACUCCCAUCACUGUCCUGGUAGCAAACUCUGUCACAAACCCUCCCAACCAGACCUACAGCACAUUUGUGGUUUUCAGAGGGAUCCUGCUGGGUGGACUGACCAGACUGCAAGCGUCUAACCAAGGCUUCGGCUUUACCUACACAGAGGAUCCAAACUACGGCCCCUUCCUGCAGAGUGUCAAUGGUUUGGCUGGAAGUGCCGAAGAGCGAACCUACUGGCAACUGCUGGUCAAGAAACCAAACAACAGCAUCAUCAUACCUGAUGUUGGUAUUGGAUGUUACAUUCCUGCUGCAAAUGAUCAAAUCAUCCUGAAAUAUAGCACAUACUGAAGAAUCAACUGAAGUAUGAUUAGAAUUUCAUGGUUAUUAAGAAGCUAAGAUGCAUUUGUCGUUUAAUGUUAAGUGAGAGCUAACAGUUGGAUACAUUCCCUGUUACGUCCUGACUGUAAUUUCUCAACUUGACAAAGAAGUCACAGAAGUACAUAUGAAGCUUUCUGAUUAUUAAUCUGUAGUCUGCAUGCUGCCAGAAUGGACUGGUGUCAAACUUCCUUGUUUGAAAUAAAACUAUUUUAUAGCACUAA